UCUCCUUAAGAACACUCGAGUGAACAGGCAAAUAGUCGAAAUCAGUAUAACUAAUCAAUAUUGCCACAAACUAUCAAAAAAUGUCCAACAAAUCCAAACAUCCAACGGUGACACGGUCCGUCGAAAAUGACUGCAUAGACGAUGAGGACGCACUGCUGCUCAGAGACGUCACCGUGAAAUUUCACAUACUUAAAUCACAAAUAGUAACCCAUGCGUAUCCAAACAUUUAUACUGUCGACGAAGUGAAAAAAGAUAUUUCAAAAAAGUUUCAAAUACAACCAAAAUUUUUAGUUUUGAGGCAAUUAAACAGUAUGAAUCCAUUGAAUGACCAGCAACCUUUAUACAACAUCUGCGAUAACGAGUACGGUAUAGUCGAUGUGGAGCUGGAUCUGACCGAAAAUGCAGACGAAGAAAAUAUGAAACUCGAACCACAAGUGUACUACAACACAUUCAAUUUGCCGGAUAUAAUUACGGUUCGCGUACCUGCUGAUGAUAGUACUGAGGGAUCUGUGAGCCGUGACCUUGUGGUUGAAAUCGAAAAUCAAGCCAUAAUUAAGCCUUUCAUUGGCGGUUAUGUUGAUAGGUCCAGAAAAACUGAAUUUCAUGACGCGUUUACUCAGACUGGCCCGCCAUUAGAAAGGAUCAAAUUUGAGGGAAUCCUUAGUCGGGACACACAAACAGUUGAGGAAAAAGUCAUUGAAAUCGAUACGCCUCGAGAUCGAGCUACCGUGAGUUACGGAGAUGCUACUGAGUUGUCCUACGCAUCCAAGUACACGGACCGCACCAUUGUGGCAGGAAGCUAUGAAAGUCACGAUGAGAUGUCGAAACGAAUUGACGUCAAUGGUAAGGUAGCUCUCAUCCAGCGUAACUUCCGACGAUAUAUGUGGCAAAAAUUGAUAUCAGAUAGCGCUGCACAAUGGAGGCGUAUGCAGAACGAACAGAAAAUACGUGAAAGUAAACGCUCGGAGGCACGUCAGAAUGAAUACAAAAAGGAAUGCAUAGUAAAAACCUUCCCAAAAACAAGACAAGAUUUCGACGCAUUGUACGCCCAGGUUCAAAUGUGGAAAGACAACGAAAUAAAACAGAUUAAUGAAAAAUAUUCAGGUGCCCCGAAAAUCGCUGAGAUGAAUUUGCUACUGGAUAAAGAAGUUCAACUGUUAAAUGGAAUUGAGCGACAACGCCAGACACUUCACCAAGAAGCGAAAAAAGUUCAUACCGAACAACUUUUGAAAAAAUUGGGCAACCCUGUAAAAUGGGUUGGAUAUAACAACCUAGUUAUUCAAAUGGAUACGCUGAGGAAUCAGCGAGCGCGCUAUUUGGCCCACUAUUACAGAAAGCUGACAGAUGAGACGCACGACACUCAUGCUCGACUCACCAUUCUCAAUAAUCUCUCGAGUGUCAUCGCUAACGAGGAGAAUCCAGCAGUGGAUGAGCUUGAAACACUACUGCAACGUGAACGGCAACUAUUGAUUUGCAACGUCAACAACACAGGAUUGGAUUUACUACGGAAGCGACAGUUAACUUUACUGAUGGAUGUUAUUACUGGCGAUAAGAAAGAUGCACCUAUUGAUAAACCAAAUACACGUUUGUGCAAAAAAUGCAGCAGAGUUCGCCCUGUAGCAAAAUUUCCCCUGGAUACAAGGCAGACGUCGGCCAGUAUUUGCAACCACUGCGCUGGUCUUCAAGGCCCACCAGUUGACAUAUCUAUCUAUAGAUCAAUUCUACGUUCUAUUAGACGAGAAGAGAAAAAGCGUGGGGCAAUGUCAUCAUUUGCCUUUAUUAUUCAAGACAGUGAUAUCAAACACAUUGUAGAGAAUAUCUGGCACGGACACUCGGCAAUAUCCAACGAAACAAAUCGAUCAGAACUGCGGCUGCCACGGUGGAAUAUCUCAAGAGAUUGGGCACCUUGGAAUUGUAUAUGUCUUACCGAGAGUGAAACUAGGGCACACCUGAAAAUUUGUAAUGUCACCCAUUAUUACGAACAAAGCAUCAUCAAAGACAUUAAGAACAAACAUGCACUUUCAAAAUCGGCCUUCAAACAACUACGAGAGAUCGAUCAAGUAUUUGUAGAAUCCGGAUCAUGGUGGAAAGUCGGACUGGAUACAAACACCACCUCACUUUUGCCGUCAGCACGUCACGAAUUGAGAUAAACUAUCCGUUUGUAUUUUGGAAU